AUGCCAAUCCCCUUCCCUAAAGUCGGCGCCAACGCCAUUCUCAGUUCGACGAAGACGUCGACCGUCCUCUUCGACAAGAAUGUCGACAUUCCUCUAAAGGACGGCGGUCUGUGCCGCACCAACGUGUACCGCCCGCAUGAGCAAGGCCGCUACCCCGUCUUAAUGACGAUGGGACCCUACGGCAAGGAUGCACCUUACUCCAAAUUCCACACGCGCUCCUAUGCUGAGAUCCCUGACGAGCAAAAGGGCGAGCUUUCAGCUUGGGAGACCCCCCACCCCGAUGUAAGUUUUCGCGUCUAGCGCCUGGAUGGCGGUCGCUUUUUUCAUAAGCCCACUAGGUUUAGUUUUCCUUUUCUGCAGUACUGGGUCCGACAAGGCUACGUCGUCGUCCGCGUGGACGAGCGCGGGAUCGGCUCUUCCCCAGGUUUCCUCGACACCAUGUCGGCUCAAACGUCGAUCGAUUUCUUCGACUGUAUCGAAUGGGCCGCCGACCAAGAGUGGUCCACUGGCAAGGUCGGACUUCUCGGGAUCUCGUACUUCGGAGGAACGCAAUGGCGAGUUGCCGCCCGACGACCCAAGGGUCUGGCCUGCAUCGUUCCUUGGGAGGGAAUGACGGACUAUUACCGUGACCGAUGCCGGCAAGGUGGUAUCCUUUCCAACGGCUUCAUCAAGACGUGGUGGUUCAACCAAGUCGUGACGAUGCAAUACGGUAACCCCGAAAAGCGCCCCCGCGGAUGGGGACCCUUCGGACCCCCUGGACCUCCUCUCGGACCCGAGUGUAUCGAGGGCGAGCUCAGCGAUGAGGAGCGAGAAGCCAAUCGCCACGACCAGACGAUCGACAACCGCAAGAACCGUUACUUGGACGAAGAGUACUACCGCAGUCGUACCUACGACCUCGGAGACAUCGAUGUCCCAACCCUUUCCGUUGCCAACCUCGGUGGCAACACCCUUCACUUGCGCGGCAACGUCGUCGGUUACCUCGAGGCCGGAACAAAGAACAAGUGGCUCUGGUUCAUCGCCGGUCGCCAUGACUUGCCCUUCUUCUUGCCGCACUAUGUACAACUCCAAAAAUCUUGUGAGUAGCAGCAUCAUCCCGGGCUUCCAGGCAACGAAGUGCUCUCUCGGCGGCUGAUUGCGGAUGCCAUUGAACACUUCUCCCUAUCUUCAGUCUUGGAUGCCUGGCUCAAGAACGAGGACGACCGAGGAUGGCAGAAGGGACCGAACAAUGGCGUGCCCGCUGUGAACCUCUUAAUCCGCAAGGGUAACCCUGGAUUUGGAACCCUCGAGGCCGAUGCCACUUUUGAGUCACGAGAAGAGACGUCGUGGCCGAUCGAGCGCACCAAGUACCAGCGACUGAACCUGCACCCCAGCUCGGACCUGAAGAGGCAUUCGAUGAAGCUCGAGCCUGUCCAACAAGAUUCCAAGUUAACGAUUGAUGCCUUGGGUCGAUCGGACCCCUUGAACUUCCAGAUGGUAUUCGACAAGGAGACAGAACUCGCCGGACAUUUGCUCGCGAACUUUGUCGUCGGUGUUGCGCGUCGCGAGGACGGCACUGCGCCGACCGACCUCGAUCUUUUCUGCACGCUACGCCACUUUGACGCCAACGGAAAGCAGAUCUUCUACACUGGUCAUUCCAGCGUUCCCCCUUAUUUGGUAUUUGGGGUAUUCAGUGCUGAGACGAUUGGCUUUUCUAUGCCGUCAGGUACUGCCGGUGAUCCUGUCCCUCUCUGCAAGGGCUGGCUGCGCGCUUCCCUGCGAGCGAUCGACGAGAAGAGUCCGCGCCACAGAGACUGGCUGCCCCACCGCAAUUACUCGAGCAAGGACGUGUCUCUCCUCGAAGCCGACAAGCCUUACAACCUCCUUGUGGAAGUAUGGCCCACAGCGGUCGUCGUCGGCCCCGGAAGCUCCCUCGUGUUCGAGGUGAGCCAGCGACUACAUGUACCCGAAGCCCAGACACGCAAUGAGCUGACAAACGCAUUUUCUCUUGGUUUACUUAGGUCGCGACGGGCGAUACCCAAGGCUGCGGUAUCUUCACCCACGACGAACCGACCGAUCGCAGUGAAGAGUCAUUCGCCGGAAAGAACGUGUUUUACUUCGGCCCCAAGCACGAAAACUGGCUGCAGAUCCCCGUGGUUUGA